GGUGCAGCAGCACGGCGCCGCCGCGCUGGUCGCCCUGGGGCCGCAGGGGCCGGGCGCGGCACGCAGCGGCGAGGGCUCCGGGAAGGAGGAGACUGCCUGCUCGACGGGCGCAGCCAGGCCUGCGGGGGGUAGGCCCCGACGGAGGGGGCCCCGGCCUCGCCCUCGCGGCGCGCGCUUCGCGCCCUCCCGCGUCGCGGCCGGGGUGCAGCCGCGCGAGGGGCGCCGCGUUGGGUGACGCUGCCGAGAGUCGGCGGCGAGCCUGGGGGUCAAGCACCGAGGGCAUGUGGGAUGCCCUGCCGGUCUCUCGAGCGGGGGCAAAAGCUCGCCUAUGCGCUUGGCUCUGCUGCGCGUCUUGCUUGGGAGGCUUCCAGCGCUGGGCCCGGGCAGUGCGCUUCUGCCCUCAGAAGCUGCAGCGCACGGGUUGCGAUGCGCUGGUUGCAGUCAGCGGGAUGCAGUCUACACUGUGCGACUCAUCUUUCUCUGUAUAAUGAGCGGGAAACCCCGCCAUCGUGCUUGUGCAACGGCGUGGCGGGAAGGAGAGGAGGAGGAGAGGAGUGUCCUCCUCGCGUCUCUCGCAUCCCAGCCCGUGCUGGCCGACAGGGCCAGGGCCGCUGCCAUGCGCGACAUUUAA